CCGCCUCCCGCAGGAGCCGACACGCCGCGGCGCCGCCCUGCCCUCGCAGCCGCUCUGCCUCCUGCCCGCGGGGUGAGCCCUGCGCCGGGCUGCACAGCUCGUUGUGCAGAGAGAGCUGAGGGAAAAAAAACAUGGACGACGUGAGAUGCAGCUCGGAAUAAGGCAGAAAGUUUUUUUCGCCGGCCCCGUCCGACCGAGGGAGGAAAGAUGAAGUAAGCAAGGCUGGCGCUUACCUGGUGUGCCGCAAACAACGUGCUGUAUGAUUACAACAGCGGUGGGAAGAGAGGAGCGAGCUCCUGGAGAUGAACCCCAGCACACACAGCGCUUCUCUGAAGCUCUGAGGAGGAGCAGAAGCACAUCUACAGCAGUGCUGGAAGCUUGUAAAAGUUGCCCUGAAAACACUGGAGAAAGCUGCGCAUCACAGCAAUUGAGGCUUGGAUUUCUGAUAGACCAUUAUAAUGGUAAGCUCUAACUGCUCCACUGAGGACUCCUUUAAAUACACUUUAUAUGGCUGUGUCUUUAGCAUGGUUUUUGUUCUCGGCCUCAUAGCCAACUGCGUUGCUAUCUACAUUUUUACUUUUACAUUGAAAGUGCGGAACGAGACCACCACGUACAUGCUGAAUUUGGCAAUAUCGGAUCUGCUGUUCGUCUUUACUCUGCCCUUCAGGAUUUAUUACUUCGUGGUAAGGAACUGGCCCUUUGGAGACGUUCUGUGCAAGAUCUCCGUCACGCUGUUCUACACCAACAUGUACGGGAGCAUUCUGUUCCUGACCUGCAUCAGCGUGGAUCGCUUCCUAGCCAUAGUGCACCCCUUUCGCUCUAAGACUCUUCGCACCAAAAGGAACGCCAGGAUCGUGUGUGUGGCGGUGUGGAUCACCGUGCUGGCAGGAAGCACGCCGGCGAGCUUCUUCCAGUCCACAAACAGACAAAACAACACGGAACAAAGAACGUGCUUUGAGAACUUCCCUGAAUCCACCUGGAAGACCUACCUAUCCAGGAUCGUUAUCUUCAUUGAAAUCGUGGGGUUUUUUAUUCCCCUCAUCUUGAAUGUCACCUGUUCUACCGUGGUCUUACGGACUUUGAACAAACCGCUUACGUUAAGUCGGAAUAAAUUAAGCAAGAAAAAGGUACUCAAAAUGGUUUUUGUCCACUUGGUGAUAUUCUGCUUCUGUUUUGUGCCUUAUAACAUUACCUUGAUACUUUACUCUCUGAUGAGGACGCAGACAUGGGUUAAUUGCUCGGUGGUGACAGCGGUCAGGACUAUGUACCCUGUCACCCUGUGCAUCGCUGUUUCAAACUGUUGCUUUGACCCUAUAGUGUAUUACUUCACCUCAGACACUAUUCAAAACUCAAUAAAAAACAACAGGUUCACCAGAACACGUGAUAACAGGUUCUCUGAAACGCCACUGUCAGACAACUUUCUGCAACACAGCUUUCAGACCAUAAAAAUGAAAAUAUUCGAUAGUGACUCUCCAAGAUAAACUGCAUUAGGAGACUGUUGGGACUGAACUGGAAUUAGAAGCCUGCACGUCUCUUCAGCUGUGAAAAUAUACGCUGGUCUGUAAACGUUACUUCUUCACGUUAGAAAAUGUUUAUGAUAAGACUGUAAAAGUGUUAACAGUACACAGAGAAAGUAUUUUAAGAAUUUCUAUCAGAUGUCUGUUUUGACUUGUUUUUUUUUAUGUUAAAAAAAAACCAACCUUUUGGUUUCAGCCUCUGUUACGAAAGCCCAAAGACUGGUUUGUCAAGUCAGAGAGAUGGAAAAUAUUGUUUUUUUUCCAAAAUUAAAACUGCUGUUUUUAAAUAAUCCCAUCAAUUCCCAAGUUACUGAAGACAGGGGGGUGAAAACUGAUUGGUUUACACUAGACUCCAGUUACUGAUCAUAUUGGUCAUGUAAGUUCAGCUAACAUGCCUCCUUCUGAGUCUCCUCCUCCCCUCUCCCUCCCUUGCUCCUAAACCCCUAUUACACCCAGUAGCUUCCUCCCUUAUUGUGGUUGUGAGGAGCUUCAAUCGCUGUGCUUCAAGAUCUUAAUUCCUCCUGAACCUGCCCUCUACCUCCCAUAAGCAGUAAAUUAUGUCCCUAUUGCUGUUCCCAUAAAAAAACAAUAGGUAUCUUCCCCUCCACUAACAUGCCUUUUCUUCACAGCUCCAAACCACACCUUCUCCUGCAUUAUCUAAAUUAACAUGCCUACCUUAACCUCAAGAACAGUUAUUCUCAACACGUUCAGCUUUACACGGCUGUUUCUGUUUCAAAACUAGAAAGAAAAAGACUGUUCUGUGCUUCCACUUAUCUGAUAGAAAUA